CGUAUACGCCAGUGCGACUUCAGACUCGCAUAUCGUCGUCGUCGUCUUUAUGUUCAGCAAGUUGUUUUGGACUGCGUCGUUGUCUAAUACUACCUAGCUCACAUCUCGUCCACAUCCGACAUACUGCUUCGACUCUAGACGCCCCGGCACGUUUGAAUCGUUACAGAAACGACUAGACCAGUUGAGCAAUAGCUCGUUCCCUUUUCCCAGGGUCAUAAGAGCUCUCCCGAAGAACGAACAUCUACACCCCCGCCACUCCCAUCAUCAUGUCCGCCCAAAAUACUGCAGGUAUCCAGACUUUGCUGGACGCUGAGAGAGAAGCCUCCAAGAUCGUCCAGAAAGCCCGAGAGUUCCGCACCAAGCGGGUCAGGGAGGCUCGCGACGAGGCCAAGAAGGAGAUUGAAGACUACCGCAAGAACAAAGAGGACGAGUUCAGGAAGUUUGAGGCCCAGCAUUCCGCAGGAAACAAGCAGGCCGAGGAGGAGGCCGACAAGGAGGCCGAGCUCAGGAUCAAGGAGAUCAAGGCUGCCGGUCAGAAGAGCCAGGAAAAGGUCAUCAAUGACCUCCUCAAGGCCGUUUUCGAUGUCAAGCCCGUGCCGCCGUCGGCAGCGUAAGGCCUGAGGGGUAAAGAAAAGGCAGUGAGAGAUUGCUUGGGAUUGCAGCGGUUAUGCGGAGCUCACCCAUUACAUUAGACUUUGGUGAUGUAUUUUCGUUCUCUUCAUUAUUUCUAAUCAGGAUCUACACAAAAGGGCUAGAGCUUCUCAUCAGGGAUCCUAUGCGCCUUGCAAAUGAACAUGGGAAACACCAGAUUUCCGCUGUCCGUCGAC